AUGUCCAACCCGAAAGAUGCAUUCCAGGAACUUGUCCGCAUCUUCUCAUUUAGAGACAACCAAGUCCUCGAGAUCGAAAUCAUUCCACCAAGCCUAGGCGCUACAUUCCUUCAGGAUGGAUGCUCGUUAGGAAUAACCAAGAAAGCACUGGUGCAGGCUUUCGUGGUCGCGCGCCAGCUCUUUUUUGACCGAUUAAUGCCCAUGUCCGAAGAUGACCUCCAAACCACCUUACCUGCAAGCGCCCAGUCCAGGGAUACAGACUCAGCUAUUACAGAGAUAAUGAUCCUUUUUGAUUGUGAGCAUUUGACAGCUUGCAACUGGCGCAAACGCCGACUCCGGGCAGCCAUGGCGCAUUGCCCCGAUAUCUCAAACCAGACUUCUGCCGCAACAGUGUUAGAAGCCGAACUCACGCUCAUGUCGAGUUACCAGUGCUCUCCACUCCACCGUCAUACCAAGUCGCCAACGCUAUGGCAUCACCGACUGUGGGUGCUUGUCCAUCUGCUUCAAAGACGGCAUUGGAGUGCCGAGGAUCUGCUUAGGCUGCAACGGACGGAACUGGAUAUUGUUCUCCGCGCUGGAGAGCUGCAUCCCAAGAACUAUUAUGCUUUCAAUUAUAUGCGCCAGCUAAAUAUGCUUCUCGCUGCCACAGUGGAGAAGACUGAACCAUCAACGUGGGCAACCUGUUCUCAGUCAGUUAUCGGACGGGUGAUUGAUUGGUGCUUGGCGAAUCCACGCGACAUAUCGGGUUGGAGUUUCGGCCUCUACAUGCUGAGCAAUGCCCCAGAACAACAUAGUCGAGUGAAUGCUCUUGAGAAAGUGGUCAAGUUUGCGCUUAACGUUGGAUGGGAGGGCGAGAGUCUUUGGACGUUUGUCGACCAAGCAUCGAGGCAGUUCGGGCUUGAAAGUGUGAUUGAGGAUACCAUGCUGUUGCAUUGCGAUCAAGAAAUCAGAACUUGUGAUUCCCAAACGGUCCAAGAUAGUCGACAGAAGAAGUCGUGGCAGACCUGGCUGGCCCGGGCGAGAGUAUAUUGGGUAGAUAGUCAAGCGCAAGAUACAUAA